AGAGACAAACCAACCCCCAUAAAAUGAAAUCCCAUAUUAUAUAGUUCUUCCCCUUUUUUUCUCUUUUGAAAAUUCACAUUUUAAAACUCAUAAACCACGACUACAAAUUAGUACAACCCAAAAACUCAACCUUUGCCAUCAAUGCUCCUCUCCCCAACUCAUUUCCUCCAUUGCCAAACACUAUUUUCUCUCUCCUUCAUAACUCCACCCUCUCUGUCCUUCAAAUAAUUAACCCUACACUAAAAUGUGCUAUUAAUACAAACAAAUACUCUUUUUUCUUUGUAUUUUGCCAAAAUUCAAGAACUUUCUUUACAAAUUUCAUUUCACAAUUUCAAAAUUGGCAAAAAGUUUGGAUCUUUUUAGUUGAAAGAAGGAGCAAAAGCAAAGAAAUGGUUGCAGAGCCUUGGUUAUUGAGAAUGGGUAAUCAGGUAAGUAACAAUCUGAAGAAUUCCCUUGUGUUACACCAAACAAGUAGUAAAAAAAAAGACCCAUCAUGUUGUUCUGCUAAAAAAUGCAUUGGUAUAUUGUCAUUUGAGGUAGCAAAUGUUAUGUCAAAAUUGGUACAUCUUUAUAAGUCAGUUUCUGAUCAAGAGAUCUCUAAAUUGAAAAAUGAGAUUACUAAAUCAGAGGGUGUUAAGAAAUUAGUUUCUUCUGAUGAUAUAUUUCUUUUAGAACUUGCUUAUGCUGAGAGAAUAGAUGAUUUAAAUAGGAUUUCUGAGGUUGUUUCUAGGUUAGGAAAGAAGUGUAGUGAACCAGCUUUAUUGGGUUUUGAGCAUAUUUAUGGGGAUUUAACUUGUGGGAAGAUUCAAGUUAAGGAACUUGGUUUUUUGGUGAAAGAUAUGGAAAGUAUGAUUAGAAAGAUGGAAAGGUAUGUGGGUGCUACUGCUAACUUGUAUACUGAAUUAGAAGUGUUGAAUGAGUUGGAGCAGGCUACUAAGAAGUUCCAUUGUAAUCAAUAUGAGGAGAGUCGAAGAGCUUUCGAGCAAAAGUUAUCAUGGCAAAGGCAGGAUGUUAGGCAUCUUAAGGAUGUUUCUUUGUGGAAUCAGACUUAUGAUAAGGUUGUUGAGCUUUUGGCUAGGACUGUUUGUACCCUUUAUGCUAGGAUUUGUGUUGCCUUUGGCAGUGUUCAUCCUCCUUUGACGCGAAAUUGUAGUACGAGUGUUGUUUCAGUAUCACAUUCCUUGGUUGGUGAUGGGAAGGUUGGGAAUCGACGAAGUGUUAGGCCAAUGAAUCGGUUCAAUUCUUUGCCUCGUGAAGGAUGCCAAAAGAAGCCGUCUAAUUUGAAGACUCAAUUGAGUUUGCAAAGAGGGGAAAUUGACUUGUUUCAGCGUCAGGAUUUGGUUUAUCCUUGUGCUCCUAGCCCUGGGAGGAUAUUCAUGGAGUGCCUUAGUUUAAGCAGUUCAGCUUCGAGAGUUGAUGAUGACGAAGAUGAUUUUAGUUACAAUGACCAAGAUAGUUCUGUCUCUGGAUACAGUGUUGUGAGUGGCUUGAAGGACCACUCCGUUGUUCAUUUGGACUGUUUAAAUCGCUCCCAAAUUAAUGGGGAUCAAGUGCGACUUCACGAUUCAAUGAAUGCCUCACGUUUUUCCCCCAAAAGUAGGCUGGCCACUCAUGCUACUCCGUCCACUGUUGGAGGUUCUGCUCUUGCUUUGCAUUAUGCUAAUGUUAUAAUAGUUAUAGAGAAACUUCUUCGUUACCCACAUUUGGUGGGUGAGGAAGCUAGGGAUGAUUUGUAUCAAAUGUUGCCUUCUAGCUUGAGAAUGUCAUUGAGGACUAAUCUCAAAUCACACUUCAAGAACUUUGCAAUUUUCGAUGGUGCAUUGGCUCAUGAUUGGAAGGAAAACCUUGAUCGGAUCCUGAAGUGGCUAGCUCCUUUGGCGCAUAAUAUGAUCAGGUGGCAAAGUGAGCGGACUUUUGAGCAACAGCAAAUUGUUUCAAGAACAAACGUUCUUCUACUUCAGACCCUUUACUUUGCGGAUAGGGAAAAGACAGAAGCAGCAAUUUGUGACCUUCUGGUUGGUCUGAAUUAUAUCUGCCGCUAUGAACAUCAGCAAAAUGCUCUAUUAGAUUGUGCUAGUAGUUUUGACUUUGGUGAUUGGAUGGAGUGGCAACUGCAAUACCAGUCUUCUUGCCUCGAUUGAUGGGGCUGGAAAAUGGGCUCCUGAAGAGUACAAGUGAAAAGAAUGUGAGAAUAUUUGAGGCUAGAACAUGCACUUUGUUGGUUCAUUAUCAAAGUCAUGACUCAUUUUGGCUGUAUCCUUGGAGCAAAGUCAGAAGCCACCAAAAGGAUGUCGCUGCUUCUUUCGUAGUUCAAACAGUAGAAUACCAAGAAGAAAUUUCUGCUAAAGGACCUCGGAAUUUAUCAUCUUGUGAACAAAAUAUUCAAUAAGAUGGAAGACAUCAAUCUAUCUCCAAAGAUCGAUGUUUCAUGUUUGGUUGUAAUAGCCUUAGGUUGUAAUUUAGUGUUUUAAUAAUGCAAAUCUUCGCGAUGUAAAAAAAAAGAGUCCUACUUCUUUAGCAUAAUAUAUUUGGAAUAUUCUGCCGUUAACAAGCCCAUAUUUUAUCUGGCACAAUGAGUAUCAAAGUUUGUAUUGUCCAAAGAAAUAACUGCAUAUUAUUUGGCACAUAAUAGUGACCAUUUAUAUUA